AUGGCUAGUAAUUUGCCAGAAACAGAUCUUUAUAUAGAUUACAAGGCAUUUUUAUCGAACAAUUUUGAUCCUAAAGAGUAUGCAAAUUCUGCUGUAAACUCCACUUCAGACGGUGAAGGUGAUAUAACAAUAUCACUUGCAAAAUUAUCAUUUAGUAUUGAUAAUUUAAAUAAACAAUUACAUGACCAGGUUGUUGCCCAUUUCGAGGAUUUAAUUUUGCAAGCCGCUGGAAUAAGAGAUCUAGAAAUUGUAUUAAAUUCUGUUAAAGAAGGAAUUAAAUCUCUUAAUAUAUCUUUAGAUAGGCUUAAGACAAAAAUAUAUACACCUUAUUCACAAAUAAAAAAUUACACUGUACAAUUGGAAAGGUUACAAAUUGCUUCAGAUUUAUUACGAAAGGUUGUUCGAUUCUUUUAUCUAGCAAAAUGCUUAGAAAAUCAGUUAGUAGACAUUGGUAAAGAAUGUGAUAAAGGCAACGAGUGUAUUAAAGCUGCUUCAAGUAUUAGUGAAUUGGAGGCUCUUUUAAAAGAAGUUGAUUUUGAGGGAAUUGAUCUUGUCCAAAUUCAACUGCCUAAAGUUCGACAAUCAAAGAUAAAGAUUUCGGACGAAGCAUUUCGUUUGUUAAGUGAAGGAUUAGACAAUAAGAAAGAAGUUGACAUUACUCUUGGCCUUCAAAUAUUUUAUGAACUUAAUGAGAUGGGUGAGAGGGUAUCAAAAUAUGUGGAUGAUAUAUUUGCAAAAUUAUUGGAUCAAAUGAGAAAUGCUAUUGAUUCUGCUUCACUUCAAAAAGAGAUUAAAGACUUUGGUGCUGCCUCGAUGAAAGGAAUUAGACGAUUAGGCUCAGAACCAACUGCAGGAUCUACCGCGAUAAUCACUUCAGCACUAUGGAAGCGAAUGGAAGUUUUGAUGGAUAACAUUGCUGAAACCUGUAGUAAGAUAUAUACUCUAGAAUACGUGUUGGCUAAUGAAAAGGAUGAAAUAACACAAGUUUCAUAUUUGGAUGAAGUUGCGAAGACAUUAGAUGGAGGUUUAAUUCAGCAUUUUUGGAAAACUUUAUCUUUGAAUUUUGAAAGAGAAUUAAAAGAAGUUACAAAAG